GCCUUUGUACUGUAUACGCACGGCUUGUUAUUAGUUGAGUUAGACGAGGAACGCCAAACAAAGCUAAACGACAUUUUUAAGUUUUCAUUUUAAUUAAGCGAGGCAUCCCCAAAAAAACAUAUUCAUAAUGGAAAUGCACACUCUGCGCAAUGCAAGCAAUCCUAUUUACGUCGGUGCCAAAGGCGGACCAGUAAGCGGUGCAGCGAGAAGGCCAGUCUUUGGCGAACUGUCCAAUAUUGCCCACAAACCAGUUCAGACCAAGAAGGUUGUACCUGUGCAAACCGUAAAACCCACUGGCCGGUCAGCUGUCGUGCACCCCAAAAGUGCCCAGGUCCAGCACGGGGCCCCACAGCCCGCCGUUGCUGUGCCUCCUGCUCAAGCUGAUGUGAGCAUGAAGGAAGAGGAGCUGUGUCGAGCCUUUUCCAACAGCCUCUUUCCAGUAGAAGACAUCGAUGAAGGAGAUUCUGACAUGCCUCAGUUGUGCUCUGAAUAUGUUAAAGACAUUUAUUCCUAUCUGAGGCGCCUUGAGGGUCAACAGUCUGUCCGUCCCCGUUAUAUGGAAGGAUAUGAUAUCAAUGGGAGAAUGCGGGCUCUCCUGGUUGACUGGCUGAUUCAGGUGCACUCAAGAUUUCAGCUGCUGCAGGAAACCUUGUACAUGACCGUUGCCAUUCUUGAUCGCUUUCUCCAGGUUCAGCCUGUGACCCGUAGGAAACUUCAGCUAGUGGGUGUCACUGCUAUGUUGAUUGCUUGUAAAUAUGAAGAAAUGUAUGUGCCAAUGGUUGGAGACUUUGCCUACAUCGCUGAUGAUGCCUUCACGAAAGCUCAGAUCCGUGAGAUGGAGAUGCUAAUGCUCAGCGGGCUGAACUUUAAGCUCGGCCGUCCUCUGCCUCUGCACUUCUUACGGAGAGCUUCAAAGGCUGGGAAUGCAGAUGCGGAGAAGCACACACUUGCUAAAUAUUUUCUUGAACUGACACUACUUGACUAUGACAUGGUCCACUACAACCCUUCUGAGACUGCAGCUGCUGCUCUCUGCCUCUCUCAACUAGUGCUUGAUGGACAGAAAUGGUCAUCAACCCAGCAACACUACUCCACCUAUGAUGAGGCUCACCUAAAGCCUAUCAUGCAGCUUAUUGCCAAAAAUUUAGUUAUGGUUAAUGAAGGGCUCUCAAAGCAUCUGACGGUGAGGAAGAAAUACGCAAGCAGCAGACUCAUGAAGAUCAGUCUGCUUCCUCAGCUCAAGUCUGCGCUGGUGAAGGAUCUGGCUGCUCCUCUGCUGCCCAGUUCUUGAGGACUUUCAUGAGGGAAUGGACACUAAACCUGCACUUUAUUUUUAUUUCAGCCAUUGUGAGAGAUGGACUGCUGCUUUUAAACUGAUGUACAUACUCUGUCUGUAUAAAUAAAACACUUUCUAAUUUUUAUGGAGAUUACAUUUUUAAGAUGAGGGUUUAAAUUGGGUUUUACGGUUUCAUGAACUUUCAAGACCUGUAUUUACCUGUUGGUGCAAAUUGAAUUCAUUAAAAUCCAAAGAUUCAAUAC